CGGCACGUCACUGUUUUUCUUUAUCAUUUUUGUUGUAUUUUCUAGCAUAACUAAUAGAAUUUUGUAUUUUUCUUAAUUAAUUAGAAAAUUUUAAGGAAUAUCUUUAUAAAAAUGGAUCACAAAUAUAGUAUAUUAUUACCCACAUACAAUGAAAAGGAAAAUUUACCCAUUAUUAUAUGGUUAAUAAUGAAAUAUCUAAAUGAAAGUGGCUAUAAGUUUGAAGUUAUUAUCAUAGAUGAUGGUAGUCCAGAUGGUACUUUAGAAGUGGCUCAAGAUUUGCAAAAAAUCUAUGGUGAAGAUAAGAUUCUGUUGAGACCACGUAAAGCAAAAUUGGGUUUGGGUACCGCGUACAUACAUGGCAUACAACAUGCCACUGGGGAUUUUAUCAUUAUAAUGGAUGCUGAUUUGAGUCAUCAUCCUAAAUUUAUACCUGAAUUCAUUGAACUGCAAAAGAAACACGACUAUGACAUUGUGUCCGGCACUCGUUAUCAGGGUUCCGGUGGUGUUUUUGGUUGGGAUUUUAAGCGCAAGCUAAUUUCCCGUGGUGCCAACUUUUUGUCACAACUUCUCUUGCGUCCCCGAGCCUCUGAUCUAACCGGCUCUUUUAGGCUGUACAAAAAACCGGUAUUGGAAAAGUGCAUUUCCAGCUGUGUCUCAAAGGGUUAUGUCUUCCAAAUGGAAAUGUUAGUGCGCGCUCGUCAACAUGGUUUUUCAGUGGGUGAGGUACCCAUUACAUUUGUGGAUCGUGUUUAUGGCACUUCAAAGCUAGGCGGUACGGAAAUUGUGCAAUUUGCCAAAAAUUUAUUGUAUUUAUUUGCUACCACUUAAUUUGUAUAUAUUUUAUUUAUUAUUUUAUAUAUUUUAACUUUGUAAUUAUGGAAUUCCACACGAAAAUUAUUAAAAACUAAAAUAUGCAUUAAGAAAAAACGA